GGACGGCCCUUGCAGCAUGGCCGCCGGCGCCGCCGCCGCCUUGGCCUUCUUGAGUCAGGAGAGCCGAGCCCGCGCCGGGGCGGGCGGGGGUCUGCGGGCCCCAGCUCCGGUCACGAUGGACAGUUUUUUUUUCGGCUGUGAGCUCUCCGGCCACACCCGCUCUUUCACCUUCAAAGUAGAGGAAGAGGAUGAUGCGGAGCACGUGCUGGCUUUGACCAUGCUCUGCCUCACCGAGGGAGCCAAAGAUGAGUGUAAUGUGGUGGAAGUCGUGGCCCAGAACCAUGACCACCAGGAGAUUGCAGUCCCCGUAGCCAACCUCAAGUUGUCCUGCCAACCCAUGCUCAGCUUGGAUGACUUCCAGCUCCAACCACCAGUAACCUUCCGCCUGAAGUCAGGUUCUGGCCCUGUGCGGAUCACUGGGCGGCACCAGAUUGUUACGAUAAGCAAUGACGUUUCUGAGGAAGAAGAGAGCGAAGAAGAAGGGAGUGAGGAGGAGGAGGUUGAGUUGUGCCCCAUCCUGCCUGCCAAGAAGCAAGGGGCCAGGCGCUAGCCCUCCUUGGUCAGCUAGCUGCUUGCCACAUGCGCCAUGCACCAUGUUCCUGUACAAGUUUCAAGAAUUUUAAAUGUCUUUUCCAUUGAAGAGGAGGAGUGGGAGUGGGGGGUCUCGGGCUGGUGCUAGUGACAGGGGGUCCCAUUCUCCAUAGGGUCCUGGUGUUCCCUAUACCAUGCCUGGGCUUUUCUCUAGGAGUGGGAGGACCUGAACUUCUACCCUGACCCUCUCUCCCCAUUUGCCUUUGAGGUUGGAGGUCAGCAUCUGAAGCUCAGGACUGCACAUUUUUAACACUUUUUACAUUUUUGGAUAAAGGUUGAAAUAAAGUGAUGUGGAGUUUUUUUGCAACUCA